UCGGUUUAAUUCUCUCACUCUCAAUUUCUGUCGCUGCAAUUCCUUCUUCUCAAAGUUUGUGGCGAAACUCACCGAUCAUCAGCCAUCCCAAGCCCCCGUUUCCUCCCUUAUUCUUAGCAGACUGAACAUCAACAAUAUUGGCGAUGUCUCCGUUGUUCACUCGCGCCAGCACCAUUGCUCCUCGCCACUGCCUCUGUGGAUUUGUGCUCGCCUCCCUCUUCCUGCCUCAGCUCAACAACAUCAAGAAGCCCUAAUCGUAUUUGCUCACCAGCUCAACUUCUUCUUCACCGAUGUUGAAUCUUCUUCACACAAGUAUUUCAUCAAACACAUUGAAGACGCGUUUCGUGUUCCAGCUCGCACCAAUUUUGUAUCGCUGGUAAGUCAAAUUAUCCACCAAUUAUGCGAAUUUUGUGAAGUAUACCAAUACAGAAGAUCCAUUGGCUCCUUAGAAAAUCUUGAUUUUCGAUGGAAUGCUUACAUUUUGCAAGGAGUGAGAGCCUACUAGUUAAAACCGUAUGUGCAGUCGUAGUUAAGGGCUAUUGGGAUAAACUCUUGAAGCCAAACAUUGGUUCAAGCGUGACAUCAUCUGUUAUAAACCAAGUAUUAUCUGAAUUUUCUGCAAAUGGCUUCUUAGUUUCAUGGUCAUUCUUCAAAUGGGUGGAAACAAUCCCAGGGUACAAGCAUUCGUUGCAAUCUUCUUGGACCAUGAUUUGUACUCUCACGAAACAAAACCAUUUUAGGGCUGCUCAAAAUUUGGUCGAAAAGAUCGCAAGAAGAGAUUUUUUAUCGUCUCCGACUGUUUUAAAUGCUCUUGUGAAUAGUUGCAGCGAUCCCGAUGUAAAUGCUCAUGUUUUGAGCUGGUUGGUGAUAUUUUAUGCUGAUUCGAAGAUGAGCUCAGAGGCGGUUCAAGUUUUUGAGCAUAUGAGGGUAUGCAGAUAUAAGCCACAUCUGCAUGCUUGUACUGUGCUUUUGAAUUCGUUGGUGAAAGAGGGGCUGACUAAUUUGGUGUGGAAAGUGUAUAACAAGAUGGUUAAAGUUGGGGUUCAUCCGAAUUUACUUGUUUAUAAUGUGUUGAUCCAUGCUUGUUGUAAGUCGAGGGAUGCAGAGAAGGCGGAGGAGUUGUUGAUUCAAAUGGAGUCGAACAGUGUAGUGCCUGAUAUUUUCACGUAUAAUACGUUGAUUUCGUUGUACUGCAAAAAGGGUAUGCAUUAUGAGGCGUUAUGCCUUCAAGAUAGGAUGGAAAGAGGAGGAGUGUGUCCGGAUAUUGUAACUUACAAUUCACUUAUUUAUAGUUAUUGCAGAGAAGGCCGAAUGAGGGAGGCUUUGAGGCUGUUUAAGGAGAUUAAAGGUGCUGCGCCUAACCAUGUCACGUAUACUACCUUGAUUGAUGGUUAUUGCAGAGAUGGUGAUAUUGGCAAAGCAUUGCAGUUGCGUGGUGAAAUGGAGGCCAAGGGGUUGUAUCCUGGCGUAGUUACCUAUAAUGCACUUCUGCGGAAGUUAUGUGAAGAGGGCCGGAUGGGGGAUGCAAAUAAGAUAUUGAAUGAGAUGGGUGAGAGAAAAAUCGAACCUGAUGUUGUGACUUGUAACACGUUGAUUAAUGCUUAUUGCAAGAUAGGUGAUAUGAGAUCUGCUUUGAAGUUUAGAAAUAGGAUGUUGGAGGCGGGGCUGAGGCCUGAUCAGUUUACGUACAAGGCAUUGAUUCAUGGGUACUGUAAAUCGAAGGAGAUAAACAGCGCUAAAGAGAUGUUAUUUGAUAUGAUUAGGGCUGGAUUAUCCCCAAGUUAUUGCACAUACACAUGGCUUGUGGAUUUCUACUGCAACAGAAAUGAUGAUGAGGCUAUUCUGGCGUUGCUUGAUGAGCUAGUGCAGGGGGGUAUUUGUGUCGACAUCAGUGUGUAUCGAGCAAUGAUACGAAGAUUGUGUAAGAAAGAAAGAAUUGGUUGUGCACAAAGAGUAUUUGGAGCUAUGCAAACGAGGGGGUUAUUAGGAGAUACUGUGAUCUACUCGAGUCUGGCUUAUGCCCACUUCAGAGGUGGAGAUACCAUUUCUGCUUCUGCAUUGCUAGACGAAAUGUAUAAGAGGAGACUGAUGGUGACACUCAAAAUAUUCAGAAGUAUUAGUGAUUCAUACGCAGAUGAUGGGACCAAGUUAGACGUGUUUUGGAGCACUCUUACUGACAGAGGUUUGGUUUCGAAGUCCAUAUACCAAAAGUUUCAGCAAGACAAGUUAUAAUUUGGAUGAAAUGUCUGUUUAUAUCAACAACUAGUCUCGAGCACCUUAGUCAACGCCAUUGGUUCUACGCAAUCAGCGCAAGCUACCACACUGAAGUGGCAAAGGGCCAAGCGCAGGAAAAGGGCAGCCAGCUGAUGGACAAGGCUAGCAAUGCAGCACAGUCUGCCAAGGAAUCAGCUC